AGAGACCUAAGUAAACGCAUAGAUUCGUAUUUAGCAUAAAGCCGCUUCGCCCCCUUCACCCCCGGCUUGUUUUCCUGCUUACGAGAGCUUUGGGGGAACCCUUUACCAGACUCGGAAGAACAUCUCUGCGUACGGAUUCCUGUUCUAAUCUCUAUGUAAUCCCUAGGUAAAAAGCCCCUGCUGAGGGAGGGGGGACGCCAUACACAACCCCAUUCCGCCACACGCGAACCCUCCAGCACUCUAUCUCGGUGCUAGGCAACAAGAUCUUGGACCGCCUCCUUCGCAUGUGUAGCUGGAAGGACUUGCUACUGGAUAUAUUACGCACUAUAAUACUCCGACCGUGACUCUGCUCUAUUUUCGCCUCUCGUCGCGGCGAGGCACACGGCAGAGACUCCGGGUCUCUCUCCAUUUUUGCCGUGUCCUGGGUGUAAACACACGAUGAAGAGUCAGGUUUCGUUGGCUGACUCGGAACGUGCGCCCAUCCUCUCCACCCACAAGUAGUUGGCGUCGAUGCCAGGAUAUUCACGGUAUAGUCGAGAUCGGUGGCAUGAAACUACGUCAUCUCAACCCCCGGGACCGAUAUAUCGAGACAGCGUCACCGGGUGUCGUAAGUCGGGCACGCCAACGAAACCACUCUCUCCAUUAUCAGUGGCUCGCUCGGACUCGCCGCAAAUCAGAUCAGACAGCAGAAAGCCCCUCCGCGUUUCGCACCCAUGGCUCGGAAGGGAAGUCGAAAGGUCAGGACCGGCUGCCGAACCUGCAAAGCUCGCAAGGUGAAAUGCGACGAGGGCAAGCCUCAGUGCAGCCGCUGCAUGAAUACGGGCCGCACGUGCGACGGCUAUGCCUCGAAGCCGGCCUCCGGCCUGCUCUGGCACCGGCCGCGUCAGCUCUUCUACAGCGUCGACAGCGCCGGCGAGGGCAGGGCCCUGCAGUUCUUCUCCGACGUAGCCGGGCCCCUCCUGUCAGGGGCCACGGAUCCGUACUUCUGGACUCACCUCGUCAUGCAGUUCAGCAACUUCGAGCCGGCCGUCAGGCACUGCGUCGUCGCUAUCAGCUCGCUGUACGAGCAGCUGCACACCGAGGCCGCCACCUCCGCUGCGCCUAGGCCGGCCGCCGCCCGGCUCAAGGACAACAGCCUCGCCCUACAACACUAUAACGCGGCCAUCCGCGAGCUCAAGACCACCGAGAACCAGCCCCUGGUGCUGCUCGUGUGCAUCCUCUUCAUCUGCAUCGAGUUUCUCCAGUUCAACCGCGAGGAGGCCAUCCGGCACUGCAAGCACGGCAUCGCCCUCCUCGGCAACGUCAACUACUCCUGGGCGAAGGAGCACCUGGUGCCCGUCUUCCGGCGCCUGAGCAUAUUUCCCUUCUUCUUCGGCUGGGGGUCUCUCGAGUUCCCCGACCUAGACGCCCUCGACGAGCCCGUCCCGGAAUCCUUCGAGUCCUUCUCUGAAGCCCAGUCGGCCAUCGACAGCAUAGCCAGCCGCACGCUGCAGGUCGUGCGGUGGGGCGACACGUACCGCUUCGGGUCGGCGAGGCACCAGAAGGUCCCGCUCAAGCUGCUCGCCGAGCGGGAGGAGGUCGGGGCGCUGCUGGACCGGUGGCAGGCCGCGUUCGAGAACCUCGACACCAAGGCGACGCUGCCGCGCGCCGCGGCGCCGGAGCACUGCGGCCUGAGCGAGGCGCGCAUCCGGGCCAUGUCGCGGACGAUACUCGCGGUCCGCUACGAGGUGUGCCGGAUCUGGCUGGCGAUCGCGUUCGACGGCAGCGAGAUGUGCUACGACGAGCAUCUGGGGGCGUUCCGGCGGAUCCGGGAGCUGUGCCGGGGGCUCUGCGCGGCGGCGCCGGAGGCGUCGCGCAAGGCGAAGCGCGGGCCGCGGUUCGUCUUCGAGACGGGGCUGCUGCCGAUGCUGCACUUCGUCGCGACCAAGUGCCGCGACCUCGAGAUGCGGCUCGAGGCGCUGCGCCUGAUCCGCGUGCUCGGCGCGCCGCGCGAGAACCUCUGGGAGGCCGACCAGAUGUUCGUGCUGGCGCGCCGCGUCGUCGAGAUCGAGCACGACAUCGUCGUCGACGCGCUCGGCCGGCCGGCCGCCCCGCCCCCGCGCCCCGGUCCCCCGCCCGACGAGAAGCGCGUGCGGUACACCCUGACCGAGCCCGACGCGUCCGCCCACGUCAAGUGGAACGGCAAGGAGCUCCGGGGCUGGGCCGUGGGCUUCGUCAUGCGCACGCUCAAGGACGAGAUCGUCGUCCAGAAGGAGUUCGCGACUAGCUAGGGGCCCCCCGUCUCGCCUCCCUGCCUCACUUCUUCCGUGUCACGGGCGUGGUUGGAGCUGGACAGACACGGAGAGAGGCCCGCAGUCGUGAUUUGAUUUACUGUAGAUACCCUAUAUAGCCAUCACAUAUCCCACCAACCUUUUCGUAUUACAUUUAAUAUAUCUCUCAGAAGUGAUAUAGGUCAUUUCUCACCAGUCGUCAUAUUUCUG